AACAAUAACAUGGGCUGUUCCUAUGAAGCAGCCAAACAUACAAAUCGAAUAAAUGAAACAUCAACAACAAAAACAAUAGCCACAAGCUAUAGAACAAAAAAUUGUAACAUCAAAACGGGAAAGCAACUCCUGCAACAUAACACAUACAGUAGUAGUAAAUUGAAUCAAUACUUUACAAAGAAUCACACUAACGAGGACUGCCAACUUGUACGAGUACAACAAAAACAACAACAAAAGCUACCAACUACUAAUACUACAAUAACAACUAAAGCCAAUAAGACUUUUUCUUCAACUGCAACAGUUAGUAAAAUUUACAACAAUAGCAAAAUUGAGGACUACAACAAGAACUGCAAGAAAGAAGAAAAUAAAAACAAAAGUAACUUUUAUAGUUUAGAAACGAAAGAAUACAUAAACCGGAGCAAUUACAAAGUUCCGCAAGAAACGCUCAAUUUCGAAAAAGCGGAAGACAACACUGUUCUAGGCCUACAAAAAUCUUGCAUCAAUUGUUAUCCUCUUGCCUGCCACAAUAGAUUUUGCUGUGAGCAGCAACAACCAGAACUAGCUGGCGACGAAAUUGCAAAUCAUACAAGACAAAGUCCAAAGCCCUUAAAUUAUAUCAACGCCAACAACUACAGCAAGAACAACAACAGUAGCAGCAACAAGAACUGCAACACUUGUUCCAGUAGAAGCAACUGUAGCAACAAUAAUUACUGCCGCUGUCAUUUAUCUUUUUUCUAUCCAAAACACACAGAAAACACGUUACGCAAUGGACAACAAUGCGAAACACAUUUGUGUAACUGCAACUGUGUUGCCACUCAAACCAAUGACUUUGCCACAUUUGCUAACACACGCAGUGCAACCGGCCAUUGUUUGCAAAAGACAAUUUCACAUGCCAGAACCGCCUUAGCAUCGAAUGCCCUCGAUUUAAAAAACAAUUUAAUGGAGGUGAUGGCCAAUUGUGCAACAGUGGCAGAGUCUUUGAUGGGCAUUAAUACACUGUUUAUAAAAAAUUGCCUAAACGAUGGCAUCGUCAGCAACCGGGAGAGUAGCUGUAACAACGGCAUCAUCAAUACAAACAGCAGCAGCAAGAACAACAACCAUAAUAAGUCUGAACCAUAUAGAGGCUAUUGUCAGCGAAAGCAUCAUUUACUAAAUAAAUCCAAUUACACCAACACCACCUCAUCAUCUUACACUAUUUCUACAACUUCGCCCUCAACUACUACUAGUACUACUGGUACUAAUUCCUCUUCUACUUCUAUUUCCAAUUCAUGCUCCCUCCACGAUGCCAUUAGCUCAAACAGUCGAUGUAAUAACAAUAACCAUGAUAUGAAUAUGAACAUUAACAUGAAUAACACUAGCAAUACUAGUAGUAGUUGUAGCAAUAACAACAAUAGGAAAGGUUUUAAUAAAACUUGCAGUAGCAGCAACAACAACCACAACUACAAUUGUCAGGCAUCUUCUUCUGCUCAUACGGCUGCCUUCAAUUAUAUUGGUCAAAAUUAUUAUAGUUUUCUACGCAACACGAUCAAUUUCUAUACCGCCUCCAGUGUUAUUCUGGUUUUAUGUUAUUUGACAUCAACCACAUCCGCUGCAACCACCAAAUCAGACACCACAUCCGUAGAUAAACAUCCCAUUAAAGGCAUCGAUUGGUCGAAAUUUGACGAGUCAAGUUCAGACAAAGAAAUUUUGGAUUUAUUGUUGGAGAAAAAGCGUUACGAUAAACGAUUGUUGCCGCCAGUAAAUGAUGAAGACUUUUGCUGUGGAUUGUCAUCACCAGAUAUGGCUACAGAACUAAAUUCAAGGAGACCACAUAGACGCGGUACUCUUACGGUAAAUGUGAACGUUUUACUACUUAGUUUAGCAUCGCCUGAUGAGAGUAGUCUGAAAUAUGAAGUGGAAUUUCUGUUGAAUCAACAGUGGAAUGAUCCUCGUUUACAAUAUGGCAACAAGUCACAUUAUGAUUUUCUAAAUGCAUUGCAUCAUCACGAUAGCAUUUGGACGCCGGACACUUAUUUCAUUAUGCACGGCGACUUUAAGGAUCCCAUUAUACCCAUGCAUUUUGCUUUAAGAAUUUACCGGAACGGGACCAUUACGUACGCAAUGAG